AUGGUGAAGAAUCGAUUUCCUGACGCGUUUCAAUACUAUAACGCAGUGAGAAAGGUACUUAACAAGCAGAAUAAGGAGGAAAAAUUGGAUAAUGAGCUUACGCCUGAAGAAGAGAAGAAAUACAUUAGCUACCAAGAAUUGAUAGCGGUUCCACAAAACGUCAAGAAGAUUAUCAUGGAUACAUAUGGUGAAAUGUUUCUAUCUAACAAUGAGCUAAGCAAACUUACCAAAGCGAAACGAAUUGCAUAUCUACGCCUUAUUUUUGACUAUGCCACACUAUAUCUCAAUGUCAAUUAUCCUCUGCGAACGAAGCUCUACUUGAAUGAUUUUAAGAACGUUCGCCUCAUGGUUAUCUCAAAGCUCUUCGCAAAACACAAUGGAAAGCCAAUGAGCAUGAACAUGAUCCGUCACAUUGUUGAAUCACAUCUGAUCCAAUCACCAACAUGUGCGAAGUUUACUAAUAGAGAAAAACAUGACCUUCACGUUAAGCUACUCCAUAGCACGUUUGCUGCCAAUACGAGCUACAACAAGAUUGCAAACAGAUCCACAGCAUCAGAGGUUAGCGAGGAAGCUCCUGACUUCUCAUAUGAGCCAGCGCCUCAACCUCCAUCACCUGCUAAGACGCAAACACGUUCUAAAGCACGUAGGGAACGCAUAUUUCAUGGAGAUUUCACUCCAACAGGCAGUGAUAAAUCACUUGAAACUGAAAUCGAGAAGUAA